AUGAAACAACAACCUCAACAACAACAACCACAACAACAACAACAAAAUCAACCACAAUUACAACAUCAACAGCAACAAAAUAUUGACAACAAAAGGCUAAAAAACACAAUGAUACAAACAUGCCCCGUCUGCUUUAACCCCUAUAGAAGCACUCCAGACGGGAAGUUAUGUCGGCACGGAGGUAAAGUGAAAGGACAGGAAUGCUCGGGGUCCCGGAAAAAAGUUGAUCCAUUGGGCGCGAGGGCUGCUUCGCCUCUCGGUGCCGCACCCGACCCCAAGUCUGGGUUGCCCACACGGUCGUCGGCCGCAUCGGUCUCCGGUGAUCCUCUCGACCUGGAUUACUCUGGUUUUUUUGACAAGCUGACGGCCGUACUGAAAUGUGUACCGGUGUACGACCAUAUCCCUAAGCCAUGCAGGGAGAAGUUCGCACAUGAUCUGAACGCCUUGCUGACGGCUGUUUGUAAUGACCCUGGUGACCCGGCUCACUGGGUUAGACUCCACUGUUGUGUCCCAUACGUCUUACAGAAGACUUCCAGAGGGGGUCGCCGGGUCAACCAGGGCAAUCUGGUCAACAAGCGUCUAAGCGAAUAUUCAACUAUUGGUCUUGAAACCCUGGUACUGUGCUUUGAUGGGUUCAAUAAUGCCAAAUCACAAAAGCACAACCCCGAUCGGUGGAUCAACGCUGUGUCAUCUUGUAUUGAACAGGGGAAACCUGUCCUCGGCUGUCAAACUUGUCUGUUCGCCGGAGGGCCUGGCUGA